CGUAAGAGUUUUAUAACAAAACACGGCAAGAAUGUGGAGAACAUCAUAAAUAUCAUAAUAAGGAAGGAUAGACUGGAGGAAUUGACAUGCAAUUUAUCAACGUGAAACGCGGGGACACAGCAUUUGGUUAUAAGUAGAAUUUACAAUAAAAAAAUGAAAUCUC